AUGCUUUCCUGGGACAACAAAAGCUCCCACGGAAUCUCGUCACAUGCAAGCGAUGCCAUGAGCGAUGCCAUGAGUGAUGCCAUGGCCUAUGGGAGCCCGUCCUCCGGAGAGGAGGUGCAGCCAUCUAUAAUUCGACGUACGACCACGACUACGACGACUACGACCUUUGAGCCAUCCACCGCAGCCGCUUCGUCAGGUGUCAGUGCAGGUGCAGUUGCUGGUUUAUUGGGAGUCGGUGUAGCAGUGGGCAUGGGCGUUGGGGCGGCGUUGACCUACAAGUCAAUGAAGAACGAGCCGACCCGCCAACCCAUGCAGCAGCUGCCUAGAGAUACUUUUCAAUAUGCACCCUCGCUCGUGGACCGGUCCCAGGGUCCGGAACGAUUCACCAUUCUCGCGCCGAGUCAGUCGGUGGCAAGCUACCAGCAGCAUUAUUCCCGGGAAGGACCUUCAAAGGUCGUCAAGCACAAUCAGGCUUGCUACAGUCCCGCCACCAUCCUCACAAGUGACGAGAUCCGUUGCGCCGUCCAAGCCAGGGAGUACCGUCUCGGUUUCUACUAUCAAGGGCCCGGCAGCCUCUCGCUGUGGCUCCUCGGCCACCGCGCGUGCCGGUCGCGGUGGCAGCGUGGUCUCUGCUCGGCCGUUAGCGUAUCACUCCCCACGUGGAAUGCAAAUGUUGGAUACGAAGAAGGCAAGGACUCUGUAAUGUCAAAACUAGCGACAGGCUAUCCAAGGUUCUUCAUUCACAAGAAAAUCGCCGCCUUUGCGCAAGACAUCGUCGACCAGCACGGACGCCCCGGCCAGACGGCACUGCUGUUCCCGACGCCCAGGAUCGCAAAGAGGUGUCGAACUCCUGGUCGUGAGGCCGAGCCAACGCGCAUCCAUUUCUCCAUCUGUCGCGAAAUCCUGUCGAGCUCCGAGAAGGAGUGGUCGAGGUUCCUCGAAGAGCGGUUCGGUCGGAACUUGGAUUUGGCCCUUGUUGGGCGAGCCAAAUCCGCCAUUAAGCGAAGGAUUGCUGGUGCAGUGGCCGCCGAUGUGGACGGCACCACGUCAGACAGCCCAUCGAUGAUGACCAACUCCCGAGGGAUUACAAAUCUCAAAGAGAACGACGUUUAUCUGUUCCCAUGUGGUAUGAAUGCCAUCUUUAAUAUUCACUACGCCUUGCGGUCCCUCCGGAACUCGCUCAAAAGCAUCAACUUUGGUUUUCCAUACGUCGACACCCUGAAAAUAUUAGAGAAGUUCGGGGCGGGCUGCGUUUUCUAUGGCCAUGGUUCAGACGCAGAUCUGGACGACCUGGAACGGCGACUGUGCGCUGGCGAGCGGUAUUUAGCUCUGUUCUGCGAAUUCCCGGGCAACCCACUCUUGACAUGUCCCGACCUGCGGCGAAUCCGGCGGCUUGCAAACGAUUUUGGCUUCUUCGUAGUCGUGGAUGAAACGAUUGGAACCUUCGCAAAUGUCGAUGUGCUUCAGUUUGCAGACGUGGUUGUGAGCAGUCUGACAAAGAUCUUUUCGGGCGACUGUAAUGUCAUGGGAGGCUGCGCAAUCCUCAACCCUAACAGCUCCUAUUAUAAAGAUAUUAAAGCUGCGAUGGAGGCCGUGUUCGAGGACACGUACUGGCCAGAGGAUGUCGUCUUUAUGGAGCGCAAUAGCCGGGAUUUCCUUUCCAGAGUUGGCCGAAUUAACGCAAACUCGGAAGCCAUCUGCGAUAUCCUCAGGUCCCAUCCAUCGGUCAAACGAGUUUACUAUCCGAAGCACAAUGAAUCCCGACCAAAUUACGACAUCUGCAAGCUACCGACAGGUGGAUAUGGAGGAUUGCUGUCCGUUACGUUCCACUCCCAGCACCAGGCUAUUUCCUUUUAUGAUGCGUUAGAAACCGCCAAAGGCCCUAGCCUAGGAACGAAUUUUACACUCACCUGCCCGUAUGUCUUAAUCGCGCAUUAUCAGGAGUUAGACUGGGCUGCUGGUUUUGGCGCAGAGACUGGCCUUAUUCGAGUGAGCGUUGGCUUAGAAGAAACCGAAGCGCUGAGGAGAAUCUUUCAAAACGCACUAAGUGCAACAACAAACGUGGAGCACUGA